CUCAUUCCGGCGAACACCGAUAGCAGUCGAAUGCAGACGAUUCCCCUCUCACCGCCGGUGAUUGUGCGUCGUUUUCGGCUCUUCCCCUACCAGAAGUCUGUCGCAAGAUCCAUGUGCUUGCAGGUGGCAGCGCUUGGUUACUCCUUUGAUGAUCACGUGCUGCAGUACGAAAUUCCCGAGGGUGAUGCCUACCAUGCCGCCAACGGAAACCGUUCUGCCGUCCUGAACGACUCCGUCUACGACGGCGUCUUCUCCUCCAACGCCUUCGCCAGCAACUUGCCCGACAUCUACGGAGCAACCGGGUCCACCGCCUCGGAUCAGUCACGUUCCUACCUCCGGAAUGGUCUGGGUGUCCUCAUGGACAAGUCCUUCUUCCUGGGCAAUAUUUCCAGCGUCCUUCGACCCAACUAUGACCAGAAUGCGGAUUCUGACGGUCCCUCCACGCCGAUCCCUAUCGUGGGCUGGUUCUGUCGCUCCGGUCUGCCCCCCUCUACCUUCAUUAAUGUGCCCUGCAACACGCGCAAUGUGACCCUUCUCUUCAAAUUUGACUCAGGUUAG